GCCGCCGCUUCCCCCUCCCAGUCGGCGGAGGCGCCUGGCCCCUCCUCCCCCCACCGCCCCCACUCCCGCUGGCGCUGUCAAAGAUAAACCCGGCGGUUGCCUGCAGGAGCAACGGCGGCGGGCGACCGGGUGGUGAAGAGCCUCGGGCGCGGCCUCGCCUCCCGCGACUCGGCGAUCAGCACCGCGGACAGCACAGCUACUGUUGCGAGAUCCCAGACGCCCGCGACCCACUAGCCCACCCGCGCCCCUUCCUGCGGCGUCCGCAUCAGCACCGCGGACAGCUCCCCCGCCCCCAUCUCUCUGCUGCCAGCCCAACUGCCCCCCGAGUCCUCACCGCUGACAGUCUUUUGGACCGACCGAGUAGCAGGCUCCGAGCAGUCAUCACCCCCCGGAACAUGGCUACAGAGGUACACAAUCUGCAGGAGCUCCGGCGAAGCGCCUCGCUGGCCACCAAGGUCUUCAUCCAGAGAGACUAUAGCGAUGGGACCAUCUGUCAGUUCCAGACCAAAUUCCCUGCUGAGCUGGACAGCCGGAUUGAGAGGCAGCUCUUUGAGGAGACGGUGAAGACCCUCAAUGGCUUCUACGCGGAGGCUGAGAAGGUCGGGGGCAGCUCCUAUCUGGAGGGCUGUCUGGCCUGCGCCACAGCCUACUUCAUCUUCCUGUGCAUGGAGACCCACUACGAGAAGGUUCUCAAGAAGAUCUCCCGAUACAUCCAGGAGCAGAAUGAGAAGAUCUUUGCCCCCCGAGGCCUCCUGCUCACGGACCCCGUGGAACGUGGCAUGAGGGUCAUCGAGAUCUCCAUCUACGAGGACCGGUGCAGCAGCGGCAGCUCCAGCAGCGGCAGCAGCAGCGGCAGCGGCAGCAGCAGCGGCGGCGGCGCGGCGGGGGCCCGGUGACUGGCGGAGAGUCCCUGCAGGGAGGUGUACGGCCGGACCGAGGGCCUCUCAGACCUGCGGAGGCUUCGCUACCAGAGCACCCGCUUCUGAGUCAUCCUCCGGGCCCACCCGCUGCCUGGGGCGGCGGCGGGCCGCAGCCGCGUUUCCUGCCGGCCAGCAGCCCCCUCCCCGCCCCCGGGCAGCGUGGUCUACUUCCUGCCCGCUCCUUCGAGGGGAUGGGGCUGGCUACCCAGAGCCCAUCUUCCAGCGGUGGGGAGAAUACACUUUGGACAGCCCCUUUCUUCUGUGGUUCUCUCAACAUGCGGAGGGGCCCAGGACCAUCACGUAGAGCAUUCCCACCUCGCAGAUUCCUCACCCCAGUCCCACCUGCUCACCCUCCCCUCGCGCCCCUCCCCCAGGCCCUCUCAAUGUGUGUUUCUGAGCCCCCUGCGGCCUCUGCCUGUCUAUGAUCCUGCCUCCACUGCUGAGUCUGAGGUAUAGGGAGACAGGGGCUGGCACUGCAGGGGGCCUGCUCAGCACCCCCUCCUGCACCCCACUCCUAGACUUGGGGCUUCCCCGUCUUCCACCCAAAGUUUGGAGACCCUCUUGGUCUUGCCCAGAAGCAUCCAGCUCCUGAGACAUUUCAGGCCUCCAGGUGCUGUCCUGGGGAUGCACAGCCUGGAGCUCUGGGAGGUUCAGUGGGGAUCUGGAGAAGUGCUUGGUGAAGAGAUGUAGCAUUGGGGGUUUUGAACCUCCAGAACCAGGGCUUCCUGAGACUAGAACCUGCACGUAAGUGAGAAUGGGUGUGUGCGCAUACCGACGUGUGUAUACGUGUGGUGUGUGAGUGUGCUGGUGGCCCCCUGGCUGCCAGGCCAGUGACUGUCCCUGUCUGCGUCCUGUCGUAGCUUCCUGAGACUGUCUGAGGCUGCUUUUCUGUGUGGGUCCAGCUUCCCCCUGUAAAUAAGGGUCCUGACACCCCCUGCUGUGUCUGGGACUGCCAGCUUGGCUCUUCCUGGACUCUCUACAGUCUGACCGUACUGUGUCUGUUCUAGCAGAGAAGUUGGGGUUCUAGGAGAGCAGAGCCAACAGGGCCACAGAUGUGGCAUCUUCCGUGCACACAAGCUUUGGGGCUCCCUAAGGCUGUGUAAGCAAAGGCUCCUGGACAUUUGAAGAAGACAUACAACCUGCAAAGGAAAAGGCGAACUCGCUUUUGAGAGGAAAGAGGGGUAUCCAUGCAAUGAGGCCCUGGCUGCUGAGACCUGGGGUGCCAGUGGGAAGAAGGCAGCCUUGUCCUACUGCCCUGAAGGUGGACAGGAGGCUGCCUCAGCUGGAGAAAAAGCUAGAAGUGGACAUGAAAGAUCAGCCGCUGCAGGCAGCCUUCUAGAACCAAAGAGGGACCGGCUUGCUUUGGACACAGGUGGAGGUGCUUACCCAGAGGGCUGGAGAGGGUGAUCCAGCCCCUGAGCCUAGGUGGGUGCUACUUCAAGGGUCUCCCAGUGGGCGCCACCAUGGCCCUGGGCCCAGCCAGUGCCCAUUGUGGCCACUCUGGCUGGGCCUGGUGUCUGAGCUGUGCCUCUCCCAGGGUGGCUGGGCACCAGCAAAGAGGUGGCCUUUUGUUUUAUUGUUUUUUUUCCAAUAAAAGGAC